CGGGCACCGGCUGCGCGAGCAGGUACCCGCGGCGGAGGUGGCCAGGCCGCCCCGGGGGGGCGAGCGCGAAGGCGGGGGCUCGGGCCCGCGGCGCCCCCAUGCCGCGGUGAGCACUCGCGCUCGGCGCACUUGUCGCCGCUCCGCGCCAGCCCCAGCGAGCCGGCUCUCCCCGCCCCGCCAGCCCGGGCCCUACCUGCGGCCGCCGUCGGGGGAGGGGGGUCCCCCCAGCUCUGCGGAGCCGCAUGAACAAUAGGCGGCGGCGGUUCCUGCGGGCGGCGGCAGCCCCGCACCCUAUGGAUCGGCCGCUCCAUGGAGCCCUCCAGAGCGCUUCUCGGCUGCCUGGCGAGCGCCGCCGCUGCCGCCCCGCCGGGGGAGGAUGGAGCGGGGGCCGCGGCCGAGGAGGAGGAGGAAGAGGAGGAGGAGGCGGCGGCGGCCCCCGGGGAGCUGGGUCCCGAAGCACCGCUGCCCUACUGGACGGCGGUGUUCGAGUACGAGGCUGCAGGCGAGGACGAGCUGACCCUGCGGCUGGGCGACGUGGUGGAGGUGCUGUCCAAGGACUCGCAGGUGUCCGGCGACGAGGGCUGGUGGACCGGGCAGCUGAACCAGCGGGUGGGCAUCUUCCCCAGCAACUACGUGACCCCGCGCAGCGCCUUCUCCAGUCGUUGCCAGCACGGCGGCGAGGACCCCAGUUGCUACCCGCCCAUUCAGUUGUUAGAGAUUGAUUUUGCGGAGCUAACCCUGGAAGAGAUUAUUGGCAUCGGGGGCUUUGGGAAGGUCUAUCGUGCUUUCUGGAUAGGGGAUGAGGUUGCCGUGAAAGCAGCUCGCCACGACCCCGAUGAGGACAUCAGCCAAACCAUAGAGAAUGUUCGCCAGGAGGCCAAGCUCUUUGCCAUGCUGAAGCACCCCAACAUCAUUGCCCUUAGGGGUGUGUGUCUGAAGGAACCCAACCUCUGCUUGGUCAUGGAGUUUGCACGUGGAGGGCCUUUGAAUAGAGUGUUAUCUGGGAAAAGGAUUCCGCCGGACAUCCUGGUGAACUGGGCUGUGCAGAUUGCCAGAGGGAUGAACUACUUACAUGAUGAGGCAAUUGUCCCCAUCAUCCACCGCGACCUUAAGUCCAGUAACAUAUUGAUCCUCCAGAAGGUGGAGAAUGGAGACCUGAGCAACAAGAUUCUGAAGAUCACUGAUUUUGGCCUGGCUCGAGAAUGGCACCGAACCACAAAGAUGAGCGCAGCAGGGACAUACGCUUGGAUGGCACCCGAAGUCAUCCGUGCCUCCAUGUUUUCCAAAGGCAGUGAUGUGUGGAGCUACGGGGUGCUGCUUUGGGAGCUCCUGACUGGCGAGGUGCCCUUCCGAGGAAUCGAUGGCUUAGCCGUAGCUUAUGGAGUGGCCAUGAACAAGCUCGCUCUUCCCAUUCCUUCUACGUGCCCAGAACCUUUUGCCAAACUCAUGGAAGACUGCUGGAAUCCCGACCCUCACUCACGACCAUCUUUCACAAAUAUCCUGGACCAGCUAACUACCAUAGAGGAGUCUGGUUUCUUUGAAAUGCCCAAGGACUCCUUCCACUGCCUGCAGGAUGACUGGAAACAUGAGAUUCAGGAGAUGUUUGACCAACUCAGGGCCAAAGAAAAGGAGCUCCGCACCUGGGAGGAGGAGCUGACGCGGGCCGCGCUCCAGCAGAAGACGCAGGAGGAGCUGCUGCGGCGCCGCGAGCAGGAGCUGGCCGAGCGGGAGAUCGACAUCCUAGAGCGGGAGCUCAACAUCAUCAUCCACCAGCUGUGCCAGGAGAAGCCCCGGGUGAAGAAACGCAAGGGCAAGUUCAGGAAGAGCCGGCUGAAGCUCAAGGAUGGGAACCGCAUCAGCCUUCCUUCCGAUUUCCAGCACAAGUUCACGGUUCAGGCCUCCCCCACCAUGGAUAAAAGGAAGAGUCUCACCAACAGCCGCUCCAGUCCUCCUGCGAGCCCCACCAUCAUUCCUCGCCUUCGAGCCAUCCAGUUGACACCAGGUGAAAGCAGCAAAACCUGGGGCCGGAACUCAGUCGUCCCCAAAGAAGAAGGGGAGGAGGAGGAGAAGAGGGCCCCCAAGAAGAAAGGACGGACGUGGGGGCCAAGUACACUUGGUCAGAAGGAGCUUGCCUCGGGAGACGAAGGCCUCAAGUCCCUGGUAGAUGGAUAUAAACAGUGGUCGUCCAGUGCCCCCAACCUGGGGAAGGGCCCGAGGAGUAGCCCAGCCCUGCCAGGGUUCACCAGCCUUAUGGAGAUGGAGGAUGAGGACAGCGAAGGCCCCAGGAGUGGGGAGAGUCGUCUACAGCAUUCACCCAACCAGUCCUACCUCUGUAUCCCGUUCCCUCGAGGAGAGGAUGGGGAGGGCCCCUCCAGUGAUGGAGUCCACGAGGAGCCCACCCCAGUCAAUUCAGCCACCAGUACCCCUCAGCUGACGCCAACUAACAGCCUCAAGCGGGGUGGCACCCACCACCGCCGUUGUGAGGUGGCUCUGCUUGGCUGUGGGGCUGUUCUCGCGGCCACAGGCCUGGGCUUUGACCUGCUUGAAGCUGGCAAGUGCCAGCUGCUUCCCCCAGAGGAGCCUGAGCCACCAGCCCGCGAGGAGAAGAAGAGGCGUGAGGGUCUUUUCCAGAGGGCCAGCCGUCCUCGUCGGAGCACCAGCCCCCCAUCCCGGAAGCUCUUCAAGAAGGAGGAGCCCAUGCUGUUGCUAGGAGACCCCUCUGCCUCCCUCACGCUGCUUUCUCUCUCCUCCAUCUCCGAGUGCAACUCCACCCGCUCCCUGCUGCGUUCCGACAGUGACGAGAUCGUGGUGUACGAGAUGCCCAUCAGUCCGGUUGAAGCCCCACCCCUGACCCCUUGCACCCACAACCCCCUGGUCAACGUCCGAGUGGAACGCUUCAAGCGAGACCCUAACCAAUCCCUGACUCCUACCCAUGUCACCCUUACGGCCCCCACGCAGCCCAGUGGUCACCGGCGGACUCCUUCUGACGGGGCCCUCAAGCCAGCGGCUCUCCUAGCCAGCAGGAGCCCCUCCAGCAAUGGGUUGAGCCCCAGCCCAGGAACAGGAAUGUUGAAAACCCCCAGCCCUAGCCGAGACCCAGGUGAAUUCCCCCGUCUCCCUGACCCCAAUGUGGUCUUUCCCCCGACCCCAAGGCGCUGGAACACACAGCAGGAUUCUACCCUGGAGAGACCCAAGACCCUGGAGUUUCUGCCUCGGCCACGUCCUUCUGCCAACCGGCAACGGCUGGACCCUUGGUGGUUUGUGUCCCCCAGCCAUGCCCGUAGCGCCUCCCCAGCCAACAGCUCCAGCACGGAGACACCCAGCAACCUGGACUCCUGCUUCGCUAGCAGCAGCAGCACUGUGGAUGAACGGCCCGGACUCCCGGCCCUGCUCCCGUUCCAAGCGGGGCCGCUGCCCCCUGCUGAGCGGACGCUUCUGGACCUGGACGCAGAGGGCCAGAGUCAGGACAGCACCGUGCCGCUGUGCAGAGCCGAACUGAACACACACAGGCCCGCCCCUUAUGAGAUUCAGCAAGAGUUCUGGUCUUAACACGAAAAGGGUUGGGGGCGGGCAAGGGGGAAGCAGGAGGAGAUGGGGGGAGCUGGCUGGCACAGCCCUUUCUCGGAGUUGGACCCCCUGAAAUCCAGCCCUACUUCUUGCACUGAUAAUGCACUUUGAAGGUGGAAGGGAUGGAAGCAGGGCCACUUCAGAGGGUCCCCUGCCCUGUAGGGCCUUUCUACCCAUGUCCACUGGAAGGGGCUGUGGCCAUCAGCUCUGGCUGUGUAGGGGAGGGAGGGGUGCGUGCAUGUCCCCCACCCUCCACAGUCUUCCUCGCCUUUACGGUGACUCUGCAGGGUCACUCAGCCAAAUCUGUCUGCUGCCCCCUCUCCUCAGCCCCCUGGGUAAGCCUGGAGCCUGUCCCGGAGUCCUCUUGUUAGCCCUGAGUUCAGCCUUCCCAAACACCAGUAUUGGAUGAUCUGUGAUUGAUUUUGCUCCUCUUCCACAUUCUUCCCCAGCACCCAUGAAUCAGAGUCUCAUCUGGUGUGAGAUAACACGCUUUUCUGUGCCCUAAGCCCUUACGUGCCCGCUGGAGGACUGAAGGCAAGGUGCCCCAGUGUGGGACGUAGGAGUUGAGGGACCUGGUACUUACCCGCCUGCCCUUCCAGGUGCCCCGCUUAUUUAUUUGAGCCCCACAGGGGUAAGGGGACCUGGGGGGAGGAGAGGGAAUUAGGAAAAACAGUCGAGUGGCAGCAAAGAGGGUAACAGAGUCUGCCCUUGUUCCUUUCGGAAACACACAAAUAAAGGCAGAAACCAGCACCUGUUGAUGGCAUCCAUCUCCUACCCGGGGUCUGGACGUGGCCAGACCAGUUUCCGAUACAAACAUGCUCAUCCCAGGGAUAGUUUCUUGGGAGACUCACUCACUGGUGCCAGUUCUGAAGCCAGAGACAAAGUUCCUGUGUUGGUCCGUUAUGUUGUUCUGGUCGUUAUGUGUUAUGCCCUUCUCUGGAUCUUUCCUCCAAUCCCUGGAGCCAGUGGAUUAUGUGUUUGGCUGGUAGAUAUCUCUGCA